CUGGCCAGCUCGCACUUUCCCCGCAACAGCCAGCAGCAGAUUUUGCAUUUUCGGACAUUGGUUUGCAUUUGUGGCAAAUUUUCGCGACAUUUUCCUCCAGGAAGCACCCCGGCCGCGGUUUCCGUCCAGUUUCUCGGGUGCGUGUGCGUGUAUGUGUGACCACUUCCGGCAGCUUUACGGGUGAUUGUUGAGGCGGGUUUUGUGUGUGCAUUUGGCAAACUCAAAAGGAAAAAGUAAUUGUUGUUUACAUUCAAUUUGACCAAAGGAAAAAGCCAGUGUCGUGGAAUUUUGUCCGAGGUUCAGUGGCCAAACGGUGUGACCUACAAUCCGGCUUUUGAAAGUGUUUGAACCGGUAUCGCUGUCUGGGGGGGAAAGGAAGUAGAAGCAAUGAUGUCUGCAAGCGGUGGUGACGGGCUGGGAGGGCACGCGGGGGCGGCAGGUGGCAAAAGUGACACGUCGUCACGGGGCGGGCCGGUUCCGUUUAAGAAUCCGCUGCUGUCGAUGCAGGUUACCGGGCUGACGUUGGACGACUUUGCCCACAACGCGAUGCUGCUGCCGGCGGCCCCCGCACCGAUGCUGGAGGUCAGCCGCGAGCCGGAGACAACAGACAUUAAAAAACCGCACGUAUUCAGCUCGGUUCCGCCGGAACUCCAAGAUCCGGACAGCUUCAGCGAGAUCGACCUUCACUCCACGGUCGACCAACAUUCGAACCGGGCACCGUCCGCAUCGACCACCAUCGAGUACAACCCACUGCAGGAUCUAGACCUCGAUCCGGCGUCACCACCGUCGGAACCUGCCAACGGUGGCGGCUUCGUGCAGCAGACCUCGUCCAUAACUGCCCAGUUUGCGGCCCAGCUGCCGAACGUUGCCUCGACUGUGUUUUCGACCUUUUCGAGGGUAAUUAAGGGAACGUCGCCGGGACCACAGGUGGUGCAGCCGCAGCAGCAACCUCAGCAUUACGUCCCACAGCCUCCGGAACCAGUCGUUGCGUACGACUACUCCCAUCAGCCGCAGGAUUUGGGUGGGUACCCGGAAGUGCCUCCAAUAGCGCCUACUUUCUUUAAUCCGGUUACGGUCGGACCGGCAGUUCCUCCGCCUGCGGCGGUUCCUGUUGGUGGGUCGAACACCUACCGAUUGGGCGGUGCCAAGAAGAAGAUCUACGCCCACAUACCGGGACUGAGCUCGACAGGACCGGUGCCCACGGUGAAGGCUCCGGAACAGGGCCCGAUCCCGGAAGUGCUCGAAAGUCAACCGGAGGUUCAACCGCCGAAGGGUGGACUUUCGUUCUUCGAGAAGAUUCCUAAUUUGCUGGAGAAGAUUCCAAAGCCAGUCGGGUUUAGUGGUGGUCCCCAGCCGGAAGUAGCUGCACCGAGUCCGAUCGACUACUUUGGUGGACAGCAAGUUACACCAACGUACGGGCAGCCAUUGCCACCCGUAGUUCAACCUUCGUACGGACCACCUGAAGUUCCUCCACUGACCCAGCCGAGACCUCCUUCGGGAGAACCGGAAACUCUUCCACCUCCGCCGACCUUUUUCAGUCCUGGUCAAGUAGCGUCGGUUCCGAACCUACCCCAGAACCAACCCUCCAAGAACCCGUACAGCUCCAGUCGACUCAGUAGAGGUGUUGGCCUGUACAAGAACCCGCUAGCUCCACCACCUCCGGUGGCCGCUCCGACCUUCCUGCCCAACCAGGAACCUCCUCGAAACUUCUUCCAGCCACCCGCGCCAGAACAUCCAGUCCAACAAUACCCGCCACCUACUCCCGACACAAGCCUAUCCAACUCACGACCACACUCUUCACUGAGCAGCUCUCAACUGUUUGCCGCGGCGCCCUUCGAACCCUCGCCAGAUCCCCCGGAAACCAAAACCGUCCUCGACAGUCGAUCCAAGUCUACGGAGAACGUCCUUUCGCCUCCGCCACGACCCAACUCGAACCUCAGCGAGCCAGCCCUCUUCACCGAGAGUCGUCCGUUGAGCGUGUUCAACCCGGAACCUGCUCCGGCGGAGGUAAACUUCUUCAACCCGAAGACAAGUUUCAACCAGGUGCCACCACCACCGGUAGCGACGCUUCCACCACCUCCAACAACUGGAACCGUUCCUGGCAGCAAUCCGUACAACCUCCAGAAGACCCGUAAACCUACGUACGCCGUUCCACCAAGUCUUGCUCCAGCUCAACCGACGAACUUCUUCCAACCGGCAGCAGCGUUCUUCAACCCAGAACCUGCCGCUCCAGUAGCCCUUUUCAACCCGGCGCCCGUUGAACCAGUUGUUCAAGUUCCGCCUCCGGCGGCGUUCUUCAACCCAAUCAACGUUCCCGCACCAGCACCGACCCCAACUCAAUCACCUGUUACAAACGACUUCAACGCCAACCCGAACCUAAUCGCUCCGGUCCCUUUGAAGACCACCAACCACCAGGAUAUCAACGCGAAUCCCGCGAACUUAUUCGACACCCCAGCAACUAGUCAACAACCUCCACUUCCGCCGCAGGUCAACGACCUGAACGCAAACUUCUUCAACCUCCAACUCGCGCCACCGGCGCCAGCCCCCGCAUCCAAUCCACUAGACUUCUUCAACAGUCCGGAACAGGCGCCAGCAGCAGCAGCAGCAGCCACGGGUCAAGCACAGUCGCAAUCCGCUCAGCUGUUUAGCUUCUUCGGACAGCCGGAGCGGCCGGCGCAGCCACCAUCUACACAAGCGAUCAAUUUCUUUGGCCAACAGCAGCAGCAGCAAGAGGAGGAAGCGGGAACGGACGAAAGUGACGGCCUGCAGGUGCCGAUAAUCGAGCCGGAGGACGCGGAGGAAGUGCCGGAAGCGGAGACGAAUCCCGCUGGCGAGACUGCGCGACGCAACGCGGUCAACGAUAGCCAGCUGGACGACCGGUACGACGAUCCCGUAGAGCAGGAGCGGAUUGGGAACGCGCCGGAGCCGAUCUUCAGCAGUGAUAACCUGUUUGAGUUUAAGAGGUCCGCCUUCGAGGACGACACCUACUCCAAGGACGUCCUAAUCGACGCCAACAGCAGCAGCAUGGCAGCGAUGACCGCGACGGUAGCGGGCGCAACCGGUGGCAGCAGCGCCGGAGGUGGCCCCCUCGGCGGAACGGCAAACGCCGUGGACACUUCGAUGGCAUCGAUCCACGAGACACCGCCCUCGACGGCGGCCGCCAGUAGCACCACCAACGUGGCGUACAGACCAAUCUACCGGCACUGGUUCUUCCGGCGGGAGAUUGAGGGCAAGUCGCUGUGGACGCCGUUUUCGAUGACGGAUUCGUUGGCGUUGGAGGACGCGUUGCCGCUGGCGAGUGUGGAGGGGGAGGAGAGCGAGGAGGUGAUGGUGCACGUGGACGGAGGUCGGCACGACGUGUCGGUUCGGGAGCGGAAGAUGACGCCGGUUUACUGGAAGGGAGCGACGCAGGAUGUUCGGCGGUGUUCGUGGUUCUACAAGAAUGUGGACUCGCGGUUCGUGCCGUAUGAGGAGGAGGUCGCGGAACUGCUCGAGCGCGAGUACAAGGAGGCGGCCACUUCUGGGGAGUGGCACAGGCGGGUGGUUUUGCCGAACGGGGAAACGGUUGUGUUUCACGGAGCUUCGGUUAUUGUGCACUUUUUGCAGACGCAGAACCCGGACUCGUGGGGUGGAAGCUCGCCAGUGCCGUCAACGACGAAUCGACCUCGGGUGGUUAAGCGUGGGGUUGAUGAGUUUAACAUUGAAGACGGUGAACCGGAGCGAGUCGAUCAUCUGCUGUUUAUGGUUCAUGGAAUUGGUGAAGCUUGCGAUCUGCGGUUCCGCCCGGUUGAGGAAGUGGUCGACGAGUUUCGUAGUAUUUCCGCUCAGCUGGUGCAGAGUCACUACCGGUCCUCGUUCGAUCGGGGUGACAUUGGCCGGGUGGAGAUCCUUCCGAUAUCUUGGCACAACGACCUGCACUCGGAAGAGUCCGGCAUCGACAAGAAGCUGAAGGCCAUCACGCUGGACUCGAUUCCGAAGCUGCGCAAUUUUACCAACGACACCGUGCUGGACGUGCUGUUCUACACCAGUCCUGUUUUUUGUCAGAACAUAAUCGACGCCGUUGGCAAGUCGCUGAACCGGCUGUACACGCUGUUCCUGCAGCGCAAUCCGGACUUUGGUGGAGGCGUUUCGCUGGCCGGCCACUCGCUCGGCUCGUUGAUCCUGUUUGACCUGCUGUGCCACCAGAAGGUUCAACCGGUGGAGACGGAAAAUUCGACCAAGAAGUUAAAGAAAAAGAAGCAAAAAAAGGAGAAUCCGGACGGCGACAAAGUUCCCGCCCUGAACAGCAUCCACCCGAAACAUCGCCCUCUGUCGCGCAAAUGCUCCCAGCAGAUUAACUACGAGGUCGGCCCAGCCGGAACCGGCCAACCCUACAUCUCGUACCCUCAGCUCCUAUUCCAACCGAAAAAGUUCUUCGCCCUCGGCUCCCCGAUCGGGAUGUUCGUCACCGUGCGAGGAAUCGACACGCUCGGACUGGACUUCAAGCUGCCGACCUGCGACGGAUUCUUCAACAUCUUCCACCCGUACGACCCGGUCGCGUACCGAAUCGAAGCCCUCGUCAACCCGGAACUCAGCCAGCUCCGGCCGGUCCUCAUCCCGCAUCACAAGGGCCGCAAGCGGAUGCAUCUGGAGCUCAAGGAGACGAUGCUGCGCGUCGGCACCGACCUCAAGCAGAAGGUGCUGGACACGUUCCGCAACACGAUGGACGCGGUCUUCUCCAUCACGCAGCUCAACCGACCCGAUCCCAAGGCGAUCGAGCACGAGGUGGACAAGGUGAUCGAGGAUCAACUCAAGUUCGAAACCGGCUCCUCUACCGUUUCUUCCGUGGCCGAUCUGGACACUGGCGAGACGGACCUCCCCCUCGGCAAACUCAACGGGUCACGUCGCGUUGACUACGUCCUCCAGGAAGCCCCCCUGGAAUUUUUCAACGAGUACAUCUUUGCCCUCACGAGCCACGUCUGCUACUGGGAAUCCGAGGACACGAUGCUGUUCCUGAUGAAGGAAAUCUACUCGAGCUUGGGCGUGCAAAGUGACAGCCAGAUUCCGCAGCAGACGAUGACGAUCGAGCGGCCGAUCGUGAGUCCGACGCCGUCGACGUCCUCCCAGUCCAACUACAACCUGUUUCCCCAGCAGUCCCAGCAGCAUCAGCGGCCAACGUCACCCGGGUGUAAUCGGUAAAGAGGUUGUUUGUUUUAUUUUUGUUUACGUUUUUCUUGUCUUUUUCGUUAUGAUAAAAACGCGUCUGUGUUUAACUUUAAGUUAUUUCUUUUUACAUUUUUUCCGGGGGAGUCAUCGAGUCAAAUGUUGUAAAUAUUGCUCCCAAAUUCAAUUACAUGAUUUAUUUUCUUCUCUAAAACCUUAAAUUCUGAUCACAUUAGCUAAACAUACAAAUUAAAUAACAACAUAAUCCCUGAUUGGUAGGCUAUAAUGAAAAAACAGUUUAAUCUGAAUGUUGUCUAUCGAAAUGUACUUUUUGAAACAGAGAUCGUAAAUAAUUUCGAUGUAUGUUGCUUACGGUAAGAUAUAUACAAACAUGAACUGUGCAGAAAACAAGUUUUUAGAAUAAAUAUUUUUAUCGGACAAAAACAAUAAAAUGCAGUUUUGUUUAUUUUUCUAAAAUUACCGAACAUUCCAAAAGCUAAAAGUAAAAUUAAAAUACUAUCAUACGUGUAGCAUUUCCCGAACACGGACGUCGACAUCAAGGAACCUAAACGUUCAAAUAAAAAAAUUAUUGAAGUUUAUAUCAAUUACACCGCGUAGCCAUCCUUCUGUACGGCCUACAAUUCUAAUUCUGCUUUCUUCCGGACUUCUGUCCUAUCACUUUCACUUCCGUUUUCACAGCCAUCUCCUUGUUUGGCAAGAUGUGUUUUAAAUCACUGAGGAGCCAUGUUUGCUAUUGAAAACGUCUGGUGCUUAAAAUUGGCUGCCCUCAUGUGUUUUCAUGCUUGGGUCGUAUGCACGGUUAGUCCCAUUUUAUGAAUCAGAAAAGCGGAUAUAUGAACUUCUAUCUUGGUAAAAUGGUGAUUUUUUAAUCUUUCGGAUUGCCGCAUUUUCAGAGUAUAGAGCGGAUGCUGUUUCUGUUAUCGUACAUCAGAAUAUACUCGUCGUAUGGUUGCAAAGGCGACGAUAUCUAUUGCGUUAAACACUGGUGUCGGG